AAGAAGUCGUCCAGCUUCUCUAGGAACUAUGGCGGCCGCCUUGAGAGGAACUGUAGUAGCACUGGCCAAGGGCCUGGGAGGCGCCCGCUUACAUCAGCUGGUCUCUAGACCUCUAAGUGUUUCUGCAAAUCUUUGUGGACCCGAAACCCCACCAGCUCGCGCUGAUAGUACCUUCAAAGUCACUAUGAUUCCAGGUGACGGAGUGGGACCUGAGCUGAUGACUGCAGUCAAGGAUGUCUUUAAGGCAGGUGACAUCCCUGUUGAAUUCGAUGAGUUCUUUAUGAGUGAAGUGCAGAACAGGGCAUCUGACGAAAGAUUGGAUAAAUUAUUGGACUCGAUGAAAACCAACAAAGUGGCUAUUAAAGGAAAGAUUCACUCACCAAUGGAGAACAAAGGGGAGUUGGCGUCUUUUGAAAUGAAACUAAGGCGCACACUGGACCUGUUUGCUAACGUGGUCCAUGUGAACAGCCUGCCCGGCUACAGCACUCGCCAUAACAACCUGGACCUCGUCAUCAUUCGUGAGCAGACCGAGGGGGAGUACAGCUCCCUGGAGCACGAGAGUGUGCCCGGCGUGAUCGAAUGUUUGAAGAUCAUCACCAGAGAGAAGUCACGACGCAUCGCCAAGUUUGCCUUUGACUACGCCACUAAGACGGGUCGAAGCAAGGUCACAGCAGUUCACAAAGCAAACAUCAUGAAACUAGGCGAUGGGCUGUUUCUGCAGAGUUGUGCAGAGGUGGCGGAGCUGUACCCCAAAAUCAAAUAUGAGAACAUAAUCAUCGAUAACUGUUGCAUGCAGCUGGUUCAAAACCCCUACCAGUUUGACGUACUGGUCAUGCCCAACCUUUACGGAAAUAUCAUCGAUAACCUGGCAGCAGGACUGGUUGGGGGAGCCGGAGUCGUUCCAGGGGAAAGUUACAGUGCAGAAUAUGCUGUUUUUGAAACUGGAGCUCGCCACCCCUUUGCGCAAGCAGUGGGCAGGAACAUUGCCAACCCUACAGCAAUGCUCCUCAGUUCUGCUAACAUGCUGAAGCACCUCAAUCUGGAGUACCACUCCCAAAUGGUGUCAGAAGCUGUCAAGAAAGUCAUCAAGCAGGGAAAGGUGCGCACCGGAGACCUGGGGGGCUACGCGACAUGCGAUGAAUUCACCCGGGCUGUCAUUGCUAGCCUGCCAGCCUCAGCUUUGUAAAUGCAAAUCUGUCCGCUGCUGAGACACACACACACACACACACACACACACAUUUUCUUUUUUCUUUGCAUUCUGUCAUGGACGGUGCACUGUCUCGGCAACACAGAAAAUCUGCACCAAUAUGUUCACAAAAUAUUGUUUAAAGUGACAUUUUGAAGAAAAACAACAGUUGCAAACAUAUAUCAUCUUCGCCAUCCUUUUGCUUUCUUGACACUAUAAAAUUCUGCCUAAUUGCUUGACUUCAGGUCACUGGGCAGCAGUCAAAACGAUGGAUUUAUACUUCUGAUUAUUUAUUAACGUCGCAUUUUAGCAUAUCGCUUCAUUUAUGGCGAGAUGUGAAAAAAAAUGAGACAUAACAGCAAGAGUGUGAAGCAGUCCCAUGACUCUUAAUGGAAACCCGAUGCAGUAUUUAGUGGUAUUGAAGGUUCAUCACAGCUGUGGGUGGUUUUGGUCAGCAUGUGUUUCCUCAGAGAAACUAGAACUUACUUAUUCGUCGUUUCCAGACACAUGCCGAUCAGGUGGAGCUGGAAGGUCUGUCGUGUAGGAGUCAUAUGAGAAUCUCUGUGUUAGUCACAUGUGAAUUGUGGCUAAUGUUGCUGUCGCCCGGCAGGAUUGCAGAAGUAAGUUAUCAGACAACAAGAGCUGGAGAGAUUCACACGGAUUAUGCUUGUACUGUACUGCAAACAUGUUGAUCGCCGGUUUUCUGAAUGUCUUCAACAGUUCAUUGAACUUUUUUACCUACUGAAAUAAUAGGACUAACCCAAAAUCAACUUAGAUAAUCAGCUUUAAAAGACUUCUUUCUUAAAUAUAUCUUUUUUAUUUUUUAUUUGGUAUGUUUUAUCACCCGGAAUUGAAUCCCGAAAGCUUUUAAUAGGAGAUGCAUAAAAAAUAGAUUCAUACAAAUGUUUUUUUGUUGUUGUUUGUUUUUUUUUUGUUGUUGCUUGUUUUCUUUCUUUCUUUCUUUCUUUUUUACCAUGGUUUUAUUCAUAUUAGACAAUUAGACAACAUUUUACUUACUCUUUAGUAUUCAUUCAUCUAAAGCAUUAAAGCAGAACAACACAAGUGAAAGUUUGGCUCUCAAACACAUUGUCUUCAAAGGCCUGUAAUAUAAACUAUAUAAAUUUAACUAUAUUUAUGUAUACUUUUUAUGUUACUAAAGGUAAAAGUUUGAGGGGAAAAAAUAACAUUCCAGAGCAAAAGUUAUCAACCCCAAUAAUCUGAUACAAAAUAGUGAUAUAUAUCUCAAAAGUGUAAUAUCCCUCAUACAAUUAUAGGCUUUUGUGAGGUAAAGACAUUUUUGUUCAUAAUAAAUUAAUUGCUUUUAUUGUGUCAUAUAUGUUGGAAAAUUUAACUGACAAAGAGGGAAAUGAAAAAAAAAAAAAAAAAAAAAGCAACAUCUGGCUUCCUGGUUGCAAAAGUGUGCAUGCCCUUUUAAUUAAAAUAAAGCAUCUCUGAUUCAAAUUUUGUCUCGUUUGGUUGAGUAAAUCAGAGGGCUGUGUCUAUCAAAUUGUUGCUCUCACUCUCCCAAUGUUGUCGAUUUAUUGCUCAGAUUUUCUGUCAGAUUUAGUUGUGGACUUCUGCAGUUUCUUGGGUUAUGAUUUGUUGAUGUGAAUGUAUGCUUGCACUUAAAUAAACUACAUAUCUUUACUUUA